AUGAUUAUCUCGUUUAAAAUGAGUGCCGAAACCGACGGCAAAAGUGGCAAACAUCUGAAGACAGUUGUCUUAAAUCACGAUUUGGUUCUUCAAAUCUUCUCAUACCUCGAGAUCCAUGAGUUGUUACCUCUGGAGAGAGUCUCAAAUCAGUUCCAGUUUUGCGCCGACUAUUGGUUCCGCAAACAGAAGACAAUAUCAAUCAAUAGAUGCGAAGAAAGCAAUAGUUAUCUACCAAAAGAUUAUAUCAUUCCUCAAAUGACUGAUUUUCCGGCACAUAUUCUUAAGACAAAUUCAAAACGACUGCCGAGUCUUAUGGCGAGUAAAGAGCGGAUCCUUUUGUUGUUACAAAAGUUGCCAAACAUUGAGUGCCUAUCGAUCAGUCACUGCGACACCGAUUUCCAGACACUCUAUGAUAUUCUCAAAGACCAAGAGUGCAAAGCAUUGGGACAACUAUUGUCGACAAAUAUCAUCAAAUUUGGUAUUAAUCCACACUUCAAUCGCAAUCUAAACGCAAUUGAAUUGGUCACAGAGUUAACCGCAUUAAACCAACUCAUCAUAACUCCUACCAAUAGAAACAAUGUGUGGGAAUUAUGGCUGAGAUUACCACAAAGUAUUAGAUCACUACAACUCAACAAUUACUGUUUAAUCGAUGAACAAUUGAUGCAAACAAUGCUUGAGAUUAAUGCUAAACAAUUGGAUUCGCUUCAUAUUAAUGGCUUACUUAUGGCCCAAACACUCGAAUGGAUUAUCAAUGGUCUGACUUUGAAAGCAUUUUCAUAUGAACUACGAUUUGAAUUGAAUGAAUGGCAGUGUUUGCAAAGAGUGGCACAAAUGCAGACACAACUCGUAUACCUGGGUCUCAAGCGUCAGUAUUUUCGCAAUUAUGAAUACACCGAGAAUUCGCAGCAAUUUUUAUCAGUCAAAACACUUUCUCUCCAUUCAUGUCGUACUUCGGAACCGGCGUUUGAAUUGCUUAUGAAAUGCUUUCCAGUGCUUAAGACUUUGGUCUUAGAGUCGACAUCAAUCAAAUGCAAUGCAAACCAAACGUCCUUUUGUUUGACAUGUUUUGGCCAAAUGUUUCAUUUGAUCGCAAAACACACGACAAUCAAAACGCUGGGCCUUUCUUCCGAUGAUUUGAUUGAAAACACUGCCGUUUUGUGCAAACAAUUCAAUGAUUUUCACAAUUUAUCGGCCAUUCAUUUGAAUUCAUCUGCCGAAACCGACGGUAAAAGUGCUAAACAUCUGAAGACAAUUGUCUUAAAUCACGAUUUAGUGAUUGAAAUCUUCUCAUACCUCGAGAUCCAUGAGUUGAUACGUCUGGAGAGAGUGUCACAACAGUUCCAGUUUUGUGCCAACUAUUGGUUCCGCAAACAGAAGACAAUAUUAAUCAACAAUUGCUUUGAAACGAAUAGAUAUCUACCAAAAGAUGAUAUCAUUCCCCGAAUGUCUGCAUUUCCGGCACAUAUUUUUCAGACCAAUUCAGGAGAUCUAAGUCUUAUACGGAGUAAAGAGCAGAUCCUUUGGUUAACCCAAAAGUUACCAAACAUUGAGUGUCUGGCUAUCAGUCGGUUCCACACAGAUAUGCAGACAUUAUAUGAUAUUCUCAAUGCCAUGAAAUCGUUGAAAAUGCUAUACAUUUGCACAUCUAAUCUAUUCACUGAUCGAGAAUCCCGACGAUUGGGACUAUUAUUAUCGCAGAAUAUUAUAAGAAUUGGUAUAAAUCCACAUUUCGAUGGCAAUAUAAAUGCGGUUGAAUUGCUCCCAGAAUUAACCGGAUUAACAAAUCUAAUCAUAUUAUCGACCGAUAGAAACAAUGUCCGUCACAUAUGCGAGAGUUUACCACAAAGUAUUAGAUCAUUACAACUGAGAUAUAUGUAUACAAUUGAUGAUCAAAUGGCACAAACAAUGCUUGAGACCAAUGCUAAGCAUUUGGAUUCGCUUUAUAUUUAUAGCCAGAGUUUAAGUGACGGAGCGCUGGAUCUGUUCAUCAAUGGUACGAUUUUAAAAGCAUUUUCCUAUAAAUUGUCUCGAUAUUCAAAUGCUUGGCAUUGUUUGCAAAGAGUGGCCCAAAAGCAGACACAACUCGUAUAUCUGGGACUCGAUUCCCAUUACUUUUGCGAUUAUGAAUACACCUAUAAUUUGGUCCGAUUUUGUUCAGUCAAAACACUUUCUCUGUCGACAUGUAUUGCUUCGGAACAGGCGUUUGAAUCGCUUAUGAAAUGCUUUCCAGCGCUUAAAACUCUGACAGGCGUUUUGUGUCAAACACUCAAUGAGUUUCACAAUUUAUCGGCCAUUCAUUUGGAAACAAUGGAUUCAUUAUUUUAUUUUAUUGUUUGUCAAGAAUUGAUCACUAAUUUCAUCGAUUGGUAUGAAAUACCGGCGAAAAAGUGGUUCACAAUCUGUAUUCUCAAUGCUGAAACCGACGGUAAAAGUGCUAAACAUCUAAAGACAGUUGUCUUGAAUCACGAUUUAGUGCUUCAGAUCCUCUCAUACCUACCAAUCCAUGAGUUAAUACAUUUGGAGAGACUCUCACAGCAGUUCCAGUUGUGCGCCAACUAUUGGUUCCGUAAAGUAAAUCCCAUACGCUUUACAGACAUAGAAUCCCUAUUAUUGGGACAACUUUUGUCACAGAAUAUCACCAGAAUUGGUAUAAAUCUACAUUUUGUCGAAAGUAUUAAUGCGGUUGAAUUGAUCCGACAGUUAACCGGAUUAACACAUCUCUCCAUAGCAUCGACUAAUAGAAACAGUAUCUUUCAGAUAUGCCUGUGUUUACCACAAAGUAUUAGAUCAUUACAACUGAGAAACUUGCGUCAAAUGGACGAACAAUUGGCACAAACAAUGCUUGAGACCAAUGCUAGACAAUUGGAUUCGCUCUAUACUAAUAAAUGCAGUUUAAGUCCCGCAGCACUAGAAGUGUUCAUCAAUGGUAUGGAUUUGAAAGCAUUCUCAUAUUGUUUGCAUCUUGUAUUCAAUGAAUGGCAUUGUUUGCAAAGAGUGGCUCAAAAGCAGACAAAUCUCGUAUAUUUGGGUCUUUAUUAUCAUACUUUUCGCGAUUACGAAUACACUGAGAAUUUGAGCCGAUUUUCAAAAUCAUGUCGUGUUUCGGAGGCGGCGUUUGAAUCGCUUAUGAAAUGUGUUCCUAUGCUUAAGACUCUGAGUUUAUUCAAAAUGAGUGCCGAAACCGGCGGUAAGAGUGCUAAACAUAUGAAGACAGUUGUGUUGAAUCACGAUUUGGUGCUUCAGAUCCUCUCAUACCUACCAAUCCAUGAGUUGAUACCUCUGGAGAUAGUCUCACAGCAGUUCCAGUUGUGCGCAAACUAUUGGUUUCGUAAUGUAAAGUGUUAUCACAUCAAUAGAUAUCUACCAAAGGAUGAUAUCAUUCCUCCGAUGUCUGCAUAUUCGACAUAUGUUCCUAACAAAUGGAAUAUCACCAAAAUUGGCAUAAAUCUACAUUUCAGCGAAAGUAUAAAUGCAGUUGAAUUGAUUCGACAAUUAACCGGAUUAACACAUCUCCUCAUAUCAUCGACUAAUAGAAACAGUAUCCCUCAGAUAUGCCUGUGUUUACCACAAAGUAUUAGAUCAUUACGACUAAUAUGCGAAUAUGAAAUCGAUGAACAAAUGGCACAAACAAUGCUUGAGACCAAUGCUAAGCAUUUGGAUUCGCUUUAUCUUAAUAAAUGCGGUUUAAGUCUCGCAGCACUAGAAGUGCUCAUCAAUGGUAUGGAUUUGAAAGCAUUCUCAUAUUGUUUGCAUCUUGUAUUCAAUGAAUGGCAUUGUUUGCAAAGAGUGGCGCAAAUGCAGACAAAUCUCGUAUAUCUGGGUCUCAAUUAUCAGGAUUUUCUCAAUUAUGAAUACACAGAGAAUUUGAACCGAUUUUGUUCAACGAAAACACUUUUUCUAAAGUCAUGUCAUGUUUCGGAGCCGGCGUUUGAAUCGCUUAUGAAAUGUUGUCCAGUGCUUAAGACUUUGGUCUUAAGUAGUGUUAAAGAAUGGAUACUAACCGCAGAGGAAAAGGAGUUCAGACGACAACAAGUGGAGGAAAACAGAAAGUAUAGGGAAAAUAAACGACGACUACAAGACAUGGACUCUAUUAUUGCGGACAACAAUUCACACGACAUAUCAAAUACGGACACAAAUGAAAGCUCAUUGGAAGAGAUGUCCGCCGAAGAUAUCACUGAAUAUAUUAUGCAAAUCGAGAACUUUAUCGGCGACGAGACUAUCGGCCAAAUGGACAACAGUAUAGCACAAGACACUAAUCGCCGGUGCGAUACAACUCAGGAGUUGGUGACAAUCACCACAACAGUUCCCAUACCUAUCGACGACUACAAGAAUCUAAACGAUAUUGAAUGCAAUCGACUGAAAGAGUUGAUGAAUAUCUCAAUAUUUAGCCCACAGUUUCAGCAAUACAUGAAAGAGAGGGCCAGUUAUCCGGCGGCGGCAACAAUGGCCCCGUACUAUACAGUCCACGAUCUCGUCUAUAAUACUGUUCAGGGAAUCGACUCUUUUAUCGAGAGUUUCACACAUCACACAAAAUCUCUGACAGCGUUUGGCAGCACAUGUCUUGACGAUCAAAUAGCCAUGGUCAAAUACACGGUGCUCGAGGCCAGUGCCUUACAUGAGUGUUGGACUAAUAAAUGGGGCACUCAGCCUUCGGUAAUGAAAUUGGAUUUGUUUAAAGACAUUUCCAUAGAAGUGUAUACCAUAUUCAAAAAGCUAUUACUGGCGGCCAAAGAGUUUAAUCAAGAUGGUCUGGUAAUGAUCUUGUUGAUUCCCUUACUAUUGUUUAACGCCAACCGGCCAUACAUUACACAUAAAAAGAUGGUUAAAUUUCAACGCAAAAUAUAUGCAUAUUUACUUCAACGGUAUUUAUACGUGAAAUACGGCACAGAAUAUAAUGUAAAGUACGGACAUGUGUUAAACGGGAAAAGUACUAAACAUAUGAAGACAGUUGUCUUAAAUCAUGACUUAUUGCUGCAGAUCUUCUCAUACCUCGAGAUAUAUGAGUUGAUACCUUUGGAAAGAGUCUCAAAUCAGUUCCGGUUUUGCGCCAACUAUUGGUUCCGCAAACAGAAGACAAUAUCAAUCAACAGUUGCUUUUGGAGCCAUAGAUAUCUACCAAAGUAUGAUAUUAUUCCUCAAAUGUCAUCAAUUCCGGCACAUAUUCUUCAGACCAAUUCAGAGGGAUAUCGAAGUCUUAUAGCGAGUAAAGAGCGGAUUCUUUCUUUGACACAAAAGUUACCAAACAUUGAGUGUUUGGCUAUCAGUCACGUCGACACUAAUAUGCAGACACUCUAUGAUAUUCUCUCUGCCAUGAAAUCAUUAAAAAUGCUAUUCAUUUGCAUUUCCAAUGACUUUACAAUUCAAGAAUGCCGACGAUUGGGACUAUUAUUGUCACAAAAUAUCACCAAAAUUGGUAUAAAUCCACAUUUCGAUGAGAAUAUCAGUACAAAUGAAUUGACUCGAGAGUUAACCGGAUUAACAAAUCUAAUCAUAUCAUCGACCGAUAGAAACAAUGUCCUUCACAUAUGCGAGAGUUUACCACAAAGUAUUAGAUCAUUACAACUAAAAGACAGAAAUCCAGAGCAACACCAGGUAUUCAAUGAACAAUUGGCGCAUCAAAUACUCAGGACUAAUGCUAAGCGUUUAAAUUCACUUCAUAUUUAUAGCUAUGUUCUAAGCGAUGGAGCAUUGGAUCUGAUCAUCAAUGGUAUGAAUUUGAAAGAAUUUUCCUAUCAAAUGCCCGAUGAAUCAAAUCAGUGGCAUUGUUUGCAAAGAGUGGCACAAAAACAGACACAACUCGUAUAUCUGUGUCUCAUUGCGCAGUGGUUUUACGAUUAUGAAUACACAGAGAAUUUGAUGACAUUUUGUUCAGUCAAAACACUAUCACUCAUUAUAUCCGGACCAAAGUUAUUGGUGUUUGAAUCACUACUAAAAUGCUUUCCAGUGCUUAAGACACUAGUCUUACGCAACGUAACAAUUGAUUGCGGUAUCGAAGGAGACAACGAAUCUUACAACGAAUUCAUCACUGAUUUCAUCGAUUGGUAUGAAAUACCGGCGAAGAAGUGGUUCACGAUUUGUGUUCUCGAGAAGACCGGAAAUAUUAGUAUUGAUCGACAAAUACCCAGGAAUUUGAGAAUUAGAAGGAAUUUUGCCGAAACCGACGGAAAAAGUACUAAACAUCUGAAGACAGUUGUCUUGAAUCACGAUUUAGUGAUUGAGAUCUUCUCACACCUCGAGAUCUAUGAGUUGAUACGUCUGGAGAGAGUCUCAAAUCAGUUCCAGUUUUGCGCCAACUAUUGGUUCCGCAAACAGAAGACACUCUCAAUCGACAAUUGUUUUGAAACCAAUAGAUAUCUACCAAAAGAUGAUAUCAUUCCCCGAAUGACUGCAUUUCCGGCACAUAUUCUUGAGACCAAUUCAGAGGGAGAGCCAAGUCUUAUGCCGAGUAAAGAAAAACUGCUUUUGUUAUUACAAAAGUUGCCAAACAUUGAGUGUCUGGCUAUCAGUCAAUUUAAUACCGAUUUCCAUACACUGUAUGACAUUUUCGACGCCAUCAAAUCAUUGAAAAUGCUUUACAUUUGCUUUUCAUACGGAUUCACUGAUUGGCAAAUGAGAGCAUUGGGACGACUAUUGUCUACAAAGAUUGCAAAACUCGGCAUACGAUAUCAUUUUACUGAAAACGUUAAUCCGAUUGAAUUGAUCCGAGAAUUAACCGGAUUAAAGCACCUAUACAUUCAUUCAAAUCAAGUAAACAAUGUGUCCGAUAUAUUUGCUUGUUUGCCACCAAAAUUGCUUGAUGUAGAUUUGGUGCAAACAAUGCUUGACUCCAAUACUAAGCGUUUGGAUUCGUUUUAUAAUUAUAAGAUAUUCGCCGAAGCAUUAGAACUACUCAUCAAUGGUAUGGCAUUGAAAGCAUUUGCUUAUGGUUUACGUAUUCAUCCAAAUCAAUGGCAUUGUCUGCAAAGAGUGGCCCAAAAACAAACACAACUCGUAUAUCUGGGUCUCGAUUAUCAACAAUUUAGUGAUUAUUAUUACUCCGAAAAUUUGAACCGAUUUUAUUCAGUGAAAACCCUUUCAAUCGCUUUCUGCGGAAUGAAAGUAACGGCUUUUGAAUCGCUUAUGAAAUGCUUUCCAGCGCUUAAAACACUGGUCUUCAAGAAUAACACAGCCGUUUUGUGCAAACAAUUCAAUGAAUUUCACAAUUUAUCGGCCAUUCAUUUGCAUCGCUAUUUUGACGCUCCGACAGAAUAUGCAAACUUUUGCAACCAAUUGAUUACUGAUUGCAUCGAUUGGUAUUCACUUCACCCCAAGAAAUGGUUCACAAUCUGUGUUCACAACAAUACCAGAGACCUGACAAUUGAUCGACAAAUUCCCAGGAAUUUGAGAAUUAGAAGAAAUUUUGCCGAAACCGACGGCAAAAGUACUAAACUUCUGAAGACAGUUGUCUUAAACCACGAUUUGGUGCUUCAGAUUCUCUCAUACCUCGAGGUCUAUGAGUUGAUACCUCUGGAGAGAGUCUCAAAUCAGUUCCAGUUGUGCGCCAACUAUUGGUUCCGCAAACAGAAGACACUUUCAAUCGACAGUUGCUUUGAAACCAAUAGAUAUUUACCAAAAGAUGAUAUCAUUCCCCGAAUGACUGCAUUUCCGACAUAUAUUCUUCAGACACAUCCAGACAGAGAGCCCAGUCUUACGGCGAAAUUGAUCCGAGAAUUAAUCGGAUUAACACAUCUAUACAUUUAUUCCAAUCAAGUAAAUAAUCGGUCCGAUAUGUUGGCAUGUUUGCCACAAAGUAUUAAAUCACUCCAGACGAAAUAUCCAGCAUCGUUUAAUGUAGAUUUGGUGCAAAUAAUGCUUGACUCCAAUACUAAGCAUUUGGAUUCGUUUUAUAACUAUGAGAUAACCGCCGAAGCAUUAGAACUGCUCAUCAAUGAAUUGAUCCGAGAAUUAACCGGAUUAACACAUCUAUACAUUUAUUCCAAUCAAGUAAAUAAUCGGUCCGAUAUGUUGGCAUGUUUACCACAAAGUAUUAAAUCACUCCAGAUGAAAUAUCCAGCAUCGUUUAAUGUAGAUUUGGUGCAAAUAAUGCUUAACUCCAAUACUAAGCAUUUGGAUUCGUUUUAUAACUAUGAGAUAACCGCCGAAGCAUUAGAACUGCUCAUCAAUGAGAAAUUGAACCGAUUUUGUUCAGUGAAAACACUUUUUCUAAAGUCAUGUCGUGUUUCGGAGCCGGCGUUUGAAUCGCUUAUGAAAUGUUGUCCAGUGCUCAAGACUUUGGUCUUAAAUGCCGAAACCGAUGGCAAAAGUACUAAACAUCUGAAGACAAAUGUCUUAAACCACGAUUUGGUGCUUCAGAUCUUCUCAUAUCUAUCUAUUGAUGAGUUGAUAUCUCUGGAGAGAGUCUCACAGCAGUUCCAGUUGUGCGCCAACUAUUGGUUCGGCAAACAGAAGACAAUAUCAAUCAAUAAUUGUUUUACAAUUCAUAGAUAUCUACCAAAAGACGAUAUCAUUCCCCGAAUGUCUGCAUUUCCGGCACAAACUCUUCAAAUAAAACCAAACCAAAGGCCAAGUCUUGAGGAACGGCUGCUUUGGUUAUCACAAAAGUUACCAAACAUUGAGUGCCUGGCGUUGAGUCAUAUCAAUACCAAUUACCAGACACUGUAUGCCAUUCUCGAUGCCAUGAAAUCAUUGAAAAUGCUAUACAUUUGCUGUUUUUGGUACAUCACUGCAGACCAGAGCAGAGCAUUGGGACAACUCUUGUCCACAAAGAUCACAACACUUGGCAUUAAUCCUCACAAUAAAGAAUACAUCCCAGCAUUUGAGAUGAUUAUCCCAUUAACCGGAUUAACACAUCUAAACAUUACUGUCAAUGAUAUAAAUAGUGUCGCCGUCUUAUGCAGUUGUUUACCACAAAGUAUUAAAUCACUGCAACUGUUUGCACCAUCAUCGCUUGGGAUCAAUGUAAACGUUAUGCAAAGAAUGCUUGAAACAAAUGCUAAGCAAUUGGAUUCACUUUAUAUCUAUACCUAUCGUUUAUGUCCGGACGCACUGCAACUGCUUAUCGAUGGCAUGCAAUUACAGGCGCUUUCAUAUGAAAUGCGAUUUGAUAUAAAUUCGUGGCAUUAUUUGCAAAGUGCGGCACAAAAGCAAACAAAUCUCGUAUAUCUGGGCCUUAGAUCUCAGAGUUUUUACGAUUUUUAUCAAUACUCCGAAAAUUUAAUCCCAUUUUCUUCAGUCAACACACUUUCACUCACUUUCUGCGGACCAAAAGAGGCGGUCUUUGAAUCGCUAAUGAAAUGCUUUCCAGCGCUUAAGACAUUGGUCUUAGAAAACACGUCAAUCGCUUGGUUUCGACAUGCCGAAACCGACGGCAAAAGUACUAAACUUCUUAAGAAGUUCUUAAACCACGAUCUGGUGCUUCAGAUCUUCUCAUAUCUAUCUAUUGAUGAACUGAUACGUCUGGAGAGAGUCUCUCAACAGUUCCAGUUGUGCGCCAACUAUUGGUUCGGCAAACAGAAGACAAUAUCAAUCAAUAAUUGUUUUACAAUCCAUAGAUAUCUACCAAAAGAUGAUAUCAUUCCCCGAAUGUCUGCAUUUCCGGCACAAACUCUUGCAAUAAAACCAAACCAAAGGCCAAGUCUUGGGGAACGACUACUUUGGUUAUCACAGAAGUUACCAAACAUUGAGUGCUUGGCGUUCGGUCACAUCGAAACCAAUUACCAGACACUGUAUGCCAUUCUCGAUGCCAUGCCAUUGAAAAUGCUAUACAUUUGCUGUUCGUGGAUCAUGACUGCAAAACAGAGCAGAGAAUUGGGACAACUAUUGUCCACAAAGAUCACAAGACUUGGCAUUAAUUUCCACGACAGACAAUACAUCCAAGCAUUUGAAUUGAUUCGUCCAUUAACCCGAUUAACACAUCUAUACAUCUACGACAAGAAUAGUGUCCACCAGUUAUGCAAAUGUUUACCAAAAAGUAUUAAAUCACUGCAACUUUUUACACAAUCAUCGCUUGGAAUCGAUGUGGAUGUGGCGCAAAAAAUGCUUGAAUCCAAUGCUAAGCAAUUGGACUCACUUUAUAUCUAUACCUAUAGUUUAUGGCCGAACGCAUUGGAACUGCUCAUCAAUGGCAUGCAAUUACAAGCACUUUCAUAUGAAUUACGAGACGAUACACAUUCGUGGCGUUGUUUGCAAAGUGCGGCACAAAAGCAAACAAAUCUCGUAUAUCUGGGCCUUAAGUCUCAGAGUUUUCCUGAUUAUCAAUACUCCGAAAACUUAAACCCAUUUUCUUCACUCAAAACACUUUCACUCUUUGAUUGUCGACCAAAAGAGACGGCCUUUGAAUCGUUAAUGAAAUGCUUUCCAGCGCUUAAGACAUUGGUCUUAGAAGACACGACAAUCACUUGUCAGACCAAUGAUCCCAAGAAAUGGUUCACAAUCUGUGUUCACAACAAUACCGGAGAUCUCACUAUUGAGCGACAAAUACCCAGGAAUUUGAGAAUCAGAAAAAAUUUGCGUUAUUAUAAUAACCAUUCGCUAAGCUAUAAUUUUUGUGCCAUUACAUGUCAGUCGUGCAAAGCAUUCUUCCGGAGACAUGCAUUUAAAUAUGACAAAUACAAAUGUCGUUACGAUAAUCACUGUGUGAUCGAUGUCUUAAACAGGAGGUUAUGCCGAAGAUGUCGGCUCUCAAAGUGUUUUGCCGUCGGAAUGAAUAAAGAAUGGAUACUAACCGCAGAGGAAAAGGAGUUCAGACGACAACAAGUGGAGGAAAACAGAAAGUAUAGGGAAAGUAAGCGAAGACUUAAAGACAUGGACUCAAUGGCAGAGAUUAAUAAAUCAUCCGAAAUAUCAAAUACGGACACAAAUUCAUGCAAUAAUAACAUCAAAUCACCGGUAGAUUUAAAUAAUGACACAAAUACUGCCGACACUGACUUCGGAUCUCCCGAUACAUCAAAUGCAAACACAAACGAGAGCUCUGAGUGUGAGUUAACCGCCGAUGAGAUCAAAGAUUAUAUUAUGGAAAUUGAAAACUUUAUCGGCGACGAGACUAUCGGCCAAAUGAACAACAGUAUAGCCCAACGCACUAAUAGCCGAUGCCAUACAACUCAAGAAUUGGUGCCAAUCACUGCAACAGUUCCCAUACCUAUUGACGACUACAAGAAUCUAAACGAUAUUGAAUUCAAUCGCCUGAAAGAGUUGAUAAACACAUCCAUAUUUACUCCAGAGUUUGAAAACUAUAGAAAAACGAGAUUCACUUAUCCCGAUAACAACCCAUUGCCCAAGUUCAAUUCAGUGAUGGACCUUGUUCAUAUGGCCGGACAAGGGUUUGAUAGCUUUAUCGAGACUUACAUACAUCACACAAAACGGCUGACAGCGUUUAGCAGCAUAUGUCCGGACGACCAAAUGACCAUGGUCAAAUAUAGCAGCCCCGAGGCCAGCUUACUUAAUGGUGUUUAUUAUUAUAAUUACAAUAGCGAGUGUUGGUUCAUGAAAAGGGGCAAUGAAACAUCUGUUAUGCCAUUGAAUUUAUAUAAAGAAUUUUCCGUAGAAAUGCAUGACUUGUUUAAACAGGUGUUGCUUAACGUGGUCGAUGCAAUUGGUAGCGAUCAUCUCAUAUUGAAUAUGUUGGUGCCUCUGCUGCUGUUCAACGCCGACCGGCCAUACAUUUCACAUAAGGAGACUGUUAUAUUUCAACACAAACUAUACGCGUAUUUACUUCAACGAUAUCUAUACGUGAAAUACGGCACAGAAUCUAAUGUAAAGUACGGCAAAGUGUUGAUUUGUAAGGAAAGGGCUAAAGGCAAUAAUUUCGGUGUAAUUACAUGUCAGUCGUGUAAAGCCUUCUUCAGAAGAAAUGCCAACAAAUCGAUAAAUGUAUUUAACUGUGAAUACGAAGACAAUUGCGAUAUAAGUAUCGCAAACAGAAAGACAUGCAAAAAAUGUCGGCUCAAGAAGUGCUUCGCUGUGGGAAUGAAAAAAGAAUGGAUACUAAAUGAAGACGAGAGACAAUUGAGACGCAAACAGAUUGAAGACAAUCGACACAAACGGGAGAAACUUAUGAGAGAUAAAGAGAUCAAAUCGAUACAACGAACAAGAGAUUACACAAAAAAUUAA